AUGACUCAUUGCGGCACGCGCACUGGAUCCGAUUCGAUCGGAAUAAAAACGAAUCAAGCAGGCACGGCUGCUAAAGAUCUGCGACCCCGGCCAGGCCCACCGUCGGCGGGUGACAUUGUCCUCGUCCACAUUCAGUUCAUCCUUGACACCGGUGAAGGUUUCGGGUCGGUUCGCACUCCUCAAAACGACAGCAGUGCCCAAGGCUGUCUCAGAUUUGGCGAUGAAAAACGUUCUGGCUGCAAAUCUGCAGUCUAUGCUGGGAAUGUGAGCGGAGAGGCGGAGGCGCCGGUGCGCUUCGCUCCGGUUAGCAGUGAGACAUCGCCAACGCUGUUGGCGUCUGAUUUUCCUAAUAUCAUGACGGCUGCUAUGAAUGAGAAAGAAGACUGCCAGUGGCCAGUCUUCGUCCCGUUCUCUAUACCUGGUGAAACGGUUUGGGUACGAAUUCAUAACACGUUUGCGCGGCACAGUUCUGGCUUCAUUGUCGCUCACGUCGGUGGCCCUUCUCCUCGGCGUUCUACUCCUCCAUGCCCGUAUUUUGGAAUGUGCAGCGGGUGCCAAUAUCAGCAUAUGCCACUUCAAAUGCAGCACUCCGUAAAACGGGAGCAUGUCCGAGGUGUCCUGCGCCGCCUGGCUGGUCUGCCAUGGAGCAUCGUUGUCAAUAAGGUUGUCUCCGAUAAUCAGCUUGGGGGCUACCACUAUCGGUCGAAGAUUACCCCGCAUUAUAGUUUCUACCGAGAGGGCAGCAUUCCUGCUGUCGGGUACAAUUGCGUCAAAUCUCCCAGACGAGUCUUGGAGAUCCAGUCGUGCAAACUGGCUCUGCCGUCGAUAAAUGAAAAGCUGACUGAGCUCCGCAAGCAAGUCUCUGUACAAGCUCAAACUCCUUCUGCUUCUCCUGCCACAAAGUCAAGGAGGAAAGGCGCUACGCUUCUCUUGUGUGAUAACGGUCAGAAUGCCGUCACAAGCGACCCCGCGGCGCUCUGCGCGGCGACGGACGUUGACGGUCUUCAGUGUUGGUAUCGAGCUGGAGACUUCUUCCAGGUCAAUCGGCGCGUCCUCCCCUUGUUAGUCUCACACGUCCGCGAACAACUCCGUGACGCGCGCGCUUACCCAUCGACUCGCGCUUGCCGUCGGCUGCUGCUGGAUUGCUACUGCGGCGUAGGCCUGUUCGCCUUGGCGUGUCACGACGAUUUCGAGGCAGUCGUUGGCUUUGACGUCUGCGCAUCGAGCAUUGAGUUGGCGAGAUACAACGCACAGUGCAACUCCAAGUGGAGAGCUCGUUUCGAGACCAGCGAUGCCAGAAAUUUCUUUGAUUCCUUCCCCGCAGAACUCUCGCCAUCGGAUACGACACGCGUCUGCGUGGUUGUGGAUCCUCCAAGGAAGGGAUGUGACACUGACUUCUUAAGAAGGCUCAUAAAGCUAAGUCCCGAGCGAAUCGUCUAUAUAUCUUGCCACCCGGCGACUCAGGCAAGAGAUGUGAAGAUUUUGCGCGAAGCCUACACUGUAACGAAUGUUCAACCCUUCGACAUGUUUCCUCACACUCGGCAUAUUGAAUGCGUCGUCACGUUAGAACGAUGUACCGAGGAUCAGGCGGGGGGCUGA